AGAGCCCGGGGAGCCAUGGCCGAGACGCAAGAGCUGCUGCUGCAGCUGCAGAAGGACAACCGCGACGGCCGCCUGAGGAAGCAGGAGCUGGAGGAGCUGGUGCGUGUGCUCGAGGCUGAGAGCGAGAGCCUCACCGGGCGCCUGCAGGAUCUGCGCGAGCGUGAGCGCAGCCUGCAGCGGAGGCGAAGCCAGGCGGCGCAGGCCCUGCGAGGGGAGGCGCGCGAGGCAGCGCGGGAGCGCGCGGAGCGGGCGCGCGGACUGCUGGAGGAGGCGGAGCAGCGCAAGAGGGACCUGGAGCAACACAACCAGCAGCUGCAGGGGCAGUGGGAAGAGCUGUCAAGUCAGCUCUUUUACUACGGAGGGGAACAACUGAGUCAGCAGCGCGCAGAGCAGCAACUCGGAACCCAACUGUUAGCGUUGCAGAAACAAUUGGAGUUAUUGGAGGCCAAGCACGCGCUGCAAGCGGAGGGCCUGAGGCAGGGCGUACAGCGGACGGAGGAGGCCUGGGCCAGCUUCCAGGAGCAGAGUGGAGUCCUGCAGGAGCUGCAGGGGAAGGUGAUGGAGGCGGCUGCUGCGCUGGAUGCCUCGCGAAGCAGCCCGGAAUUCUGCAACUCUCAGCCUCGCCGGGUGCAGGACUCCGCGGGGUCCCUCAUGGAGGAGGUGGCCAAGGCUGAAUGUGAGAAGCGGCUGUUCGGCGGCACGGGCGCGGGCGCGACGGGCGUCAGGCUGUGGGCACUGAGUGCGCUGCAGGUGCUGCUGUUGCUCCCGCUCGGCUUCCUGACGCUGCCGCUGCUCUACGUGGUGCUGGUCAACCCCGCCGCCUUCCGCCGCCUGCUCCCACGACUGGGCUCGGACACCGCCUUCCGCCGCUUGCGCUACACGCUGUCCCCGCUGCUAGAGCUGCGCGCGCGCGGGUUGCUGCCCGCCUAG